AUGAUGUUCUUCUCAGAUGGGACUUUCUCAGCCGUCAGUUUUGCGCUCCUGCUGGGAAUAACGCGUCUGAUCCACCUCUGCGCUCUCUCCGAAGGCUCCUCACACUUUUCAGGCUACUUGUCCAAAGUGUUGAGGAACUACACUGAACAGGCCUGUGACGGAGACUUCCUGUCUGUCAACUGCCCGCCCCGCACCACCAUCACUGUCCAAUCAGCUUUUUAUGGAAGAAGAGCUCCCUCUGAUUCACUACAUUGUCCUCAGUCCUAUCAGGAUCUCCCAAGCUGUUAUCAUUCCCAGGAGGAUGAUCAAUAUUGUUCUGUGUCCACUGCACUACAGAAAAUGCUGGACGAGUGCCAGGACAGAAGGAGCUGUCAAGUCCUUGUCAACAGCCGUGUGUUUGGGAUGGACCAGUGUCCUGAAAGCAGCAAAUACCUCAUUGUCUGGUACAAAUGUAGACCUAAUGAGUAUAAGAGUAAGGUGGUCUGCGAGGGGGAGAAGAUGAGGCUAAACUGCAAACCAGGCAUGCAGAUUGCUGUUUACUCUGCCAUGUUUGGACGAACUCAGCAGGGCACUCUGGAGUGUCCCACUUACUACCGGAGGGCUACAUCAGUAGAAUGCCAGUCAGCUCAGAGCCUGCAGGUCCUCACAGCCCUGUGCCAGGGAAAGAAAAGCUGCAUGGUCCGAGCCUCCACCAAAGAAUUUGGAGAUCCGUGUUACGCCGGCACCAGGAAGUACCUCAGUGUCAUCUACACAUGUGUCCCAAAGAGGUUGUUCCAGGAGCCAGGCCUCAGACCGCCGGUGUACCACCCCCCACCCUGCACCCAUGACCCCAACAUAGUGGGAGACGACGCCCCUGAAGGAACUUCAUUCCCGAGGCCCGACAGUGUUACAGUUUGGACUCCCAACAAGGAGAAGCCGUUCAAAACCCGAAUAGACAGUGGUUUCCAGCCGGAAGGCAUGAAUCCCAUUAUCAACGCCACUUCAAGGGCCAACAUGGCCCUCAUCAGCAAUGCACUGGCAGCUUACACUUACCUGUCAGACCACCCAGAAAGGGCUGCACUUUUCUUCGUCUGCGGCGUGUGCUUGGGCCUCUUCCUCACCCUCUUCGCCCUGGUGGUCCACAUCUCCUGCCGCACCGACUGCCAGCCCCGCCAGCAGCUUCCCGCCAAGAAACAAGCGCGCCCCGCCGACUCGUCCUCCGACUCCAGCGACUCGGACUCGGACUGGGACACCAACUCGGACCUGUCGGCGCGACGGCACCGGCGCUUCGAGCGCACGCUGAACAUGAACGUGUUCACGUCGGCCGAGGAGCUGGAGAGGGCGCAGCGGCUGGAGGAGAGGGAGCGAAUCAUACGGGAGAUCUGGAUGAACGGGCAGCCGGACAUCCCGGGGACGCGGAGCCUCAAUCGCUAUUACUGACGACUGCUUCGUUGACUUGACUUGAACGAACUCGUGAAACGGAGGAGGGGCGAAACGGACUUGAAGCUUUUGGACCAAGCGUUGCAAAAGCAACAGAGGAAGGCUUUGCAGGCUUCACCUUCCUCUGGCUACCAAAAGCUGCACCCCGCCUUCAGUCGAACAAUAAGCUCCCGCUCUGCACGGCAAGCUGGCUCUCACCGCCGGAAGCGAGAGGUGAAAGGCUACGCUGGCUUGCCGUUGACCUCAGCAGGCCUUUUUGAAGUGGAGAUUUAUGGGCUGGCUGCUUUAGACAUACAGAGGCCUGCAGAGGCUACAAGCUGGCUGAAAGAAGACGAACGCAA